GGAAAAAGCAAGUGGGGUAAAAUAAGGAAUGGGUCAGAGAAAAGGGAGGAAGAGUAUUUUUAGGGAAUGUAUGAAAAGAGAUGGAGAGAGAGAAACAGAGCGACAGGCACAUGAGCAGAGCACUUUCCCCAGCAGCGGCUGUGUGGUGGUGACGCGGCGGACCAUGGACAACACGCCUGUCCGGAGAAAGCGCACCGGUGCCGUGCGGCAUCUGCUGCUGGCGGCCGCCUUCCUCGCCUGCAGCUCCCAACUGCUGGUGGUGGAUGCCAACUCAUGGUGGUCACUAGCUCUGACCCCGAUCCAGCGGCCCGAGAUGUACAUUAUUGGAGCUCAGCCUCUCUGCAGUCAGCUGUCCGGUCUCUCCCAGGGUCAGAGGAAGCUGUGCCAGCUGUACCAGGACCACAUGGUCUACAUCGGAGACGGAGCCAAGACGGGCAUCAAGGAGUGCCAGUACCAGUUCAGACAGAGGAGGUGGAACUGCAGCACUGUGGACAACACGUCAGUGUUUGGACGGGUCAUGCAGAUUGGCUCCAGGGAAACAGCCUUCACUUACGCCAUCAGCGCAGCCGGCGUGGUCAACGCUGUCAGCCGGGCGUGCCGGGAAGGUGAGCUCUCCACCUGCGGCUGCAGCCGCGCAGCCCGACCCCGCGACUUGCCGCGCGACUGGCUGUGGGGAGGCUGCGGCGACAACGUGCAUUAUGGCUACCGAUUUGCCCGGGAGUUCGUGGACGCCAGGGAGAGAGAGAAGAACUACCCACGUGGUUCUACUGAGCACGCCCGGACACUGAUGAACCUGCAGAAUAAUGAAGCAGGAAGACAGGCGGCCUAUAACCUUGCAAAUGUGGCCUGUAAGUGUCAUGGCGUCUCAGGUUCCUGCAGUCUGAAGACCUGUUGGCUCCAGCUGGCCGACUUCAGACGCGUUGGAGAGUUUCUGAAGGAGAAGUACGACAGUGCGGCUGCCAUGCGCAUUGGACGCAAGGGCAAGCUGGAGCUGGUAGACAAGCGCUUCAACACCCCGACCCCGGAGGACUUGGUCUACACCGACACCAGCCCGGACUACUGCCUCCGCAACGAGACCACGGGCUCCCUGGGCACGCAGGGCCGCCUCUGCAACAAAACCUCCGAGGGCAUGGACGGCUGCGAGCUCAUGUGCUGCGGCAGAGGAUACGACCAGUUCAAGACCUACAAGCACGAACGCUGCCACUGCAAGUUCCACUGGUGCUGCUACGUCAAGUGCAAGCGCUGCACUACGCUCGUGGACCAGUUUGUGUGUAAAUAGCACGCUGAUAGACGGAUGGAGGGGGAUGAAAAGGGAGAGGGAGAGCAGACGGAGAAGGAGGAGGUGACGGGAUGAUGGAGGGGGAAGGAUAGAUGAAACUUCAGGGUUUUGUUCAGGAUAAGUUAAGACACACAAGUUCCAUUUUCAGUUUCCUUCUCUCCUCCAUUUAUAAAUCUCCUGCCACCUGUGCGGCCAUUUAUUUGUGUGUGUAAAAAGCACAAUGAUGGAUAGAUAGAUGGGGAAGAAGAACAGAUGGAUGGGAAGGUGGACAAAAGGAAGAAUCGAGGAAUGGGAUUUGUUCCAAGCUUUUCGGACAACUCUCCGACUUUUUUUAUUUUUCAACUGAGCGUCUGAUUUCUCACCACUCCAUCAUCACUUUUUGCUUUCCUGUAUAUAACCCUGAUCACAACUCUGAAGGAUGGAAAGGAAGGAAGGACAAAGCUAAAUGGAUGAACACAGAAGGACAUCGAGGAUGAAUGGACCUAGAAAGUGGACACGUACGACCAGUGUGAUAGCAAAGAUAUGAGAGUUGAAAUAAAUAUAUAAAUAAAUAAUAAAUAAACGUACAACUCUGAUUGUUAUUUAAAGAGACUCGGAAACAAACGUCAGGCACACUUUGGACCUAUAACACUCUUGUCUUCAGGAAUCCCACAAAUCAUUACAGUCCUUUUGGAGUUUGAAGCCAAUGCUGAGCGGUGUUGCCGUGUCUCUCUCAAAGAACUUUUGACCUUUAACCCUUCAAGAGAAAUCCCCGCAUACGUGAGUUGUGCUGACAAUGCUCAAACACGCUCGCAGUACGCAUAGAGAACAACAGAAAUGCCUAAAUGUCCAGACUGACAUCAAUGGAGGGAAUAAAGUAAAAGGGGAAAGGGUCAAAUAAAAUGAGGAGGACUUUCAUUAUUUUUCAAUAAAAUUCAGGAUUCACAAGCUGAUUUCCAGCUGUAGAUUUCUGCCUAACAAAGGUGCAGUAAAAACACUUAAUCUUCAAGUCAAAAAGGACCAAUGACUUACAGGACACAGUCUAUCCAUUUAUCUGUUGGAGCAGAUUUCCAGCACCUGCGACCUGACAAGUGUGUCUGCGGGUUAAUGAGGCUCGCCGGUUGCAGCCAUCUUGGCACCGCGGCCGUUUAAACAAGCAGCUCACACGGGCCGUGUCCUCCAUGUGACAGUGAAGUGAGCGAGACCUCGAUUAGUGAGAUUUAUGUGCUGUAUCUGCCUUAAUGAACUCGCACUAAUAGACACGUUCACUGUGAGUGGACCUCUUCAUCUCAUGUUGUUAUGCAACUUGUCAACAAAACAGCCCUGUGGUGUCCAUCUUUUGGCAGUUCUGCCACCAAUUUAACAUUUUAUAAUACAGUAAUAUCAUGAAUUUACAACUUGAGAGGACUGCAAUUUAUUAUGUGCUACUUCAAAAACAAAAGGAGUAGAUCAGAAAAGAAGGUAUAUUUUAUUAUUGUUUUUCAUUUUCUGUUUUCUACGUUUUAUACAUUGUGUAUUCUUUUGAUAAACUAGUCUUCGACAA